AUGCGAAGUUUCCGUCGUUCCUUGAGUCAUCUCUUCGUGAUCGCAUGGUGUUUGGAUUUCUUCAUCUUAUACGCCAACAGUCUCCAUGAGGAUGUACGAGGAAAUUCCACGGAAGUCGAGGUCUCUCCGAGAAUGCUAUCGCGACAAAAGAGGUACCUGAUCUUUCCCGAAGGUAGCAACUUGCAGUUAGUAUACUGCCUGACUAUCGGAGCGUAUGGCAGAAACGAUGAUUUGGUGAUGGGUCUGACAGCAGCGUUGGCUUGGGAACUUCCGAGUAAAGUCGACUCCAAGAUAUCGGAUUUACUUCACCGUAGAAGCCGAAGUGUCAUGUUCCCGAAGGUUGAAGCUUUCUUGCAGUCCACUGGUAUCGACGGAAGAUCCUGCGUAAUGAAGGCCCUGUGUGAAGCUGGUCAGAGGCAUCCAUCUCAAAUCGGCAAAGGAACCUUUGUUCAAGAACUCCUGCAUGCCAUUUUUACAUUACCAAGAGACGGUGGGAGAUUCGAAUGUUCGGAGGAUCGACCUUAUGAGAGAGCGUAUCAGAACGGUGGAAACUGCGAGAAACUUUAUCCAACGUGCCGAUACUCCAUUUACAGUGUGGAUCUUUGA